AUGCACCCUCUAAAUCCUUUCCUGCGUGCCUUCUUCCGAAGCACUGUUCCGGGGCAGUGUAUACCAACUGAGAACCAUGUUCUCCUUGUUCCUGUGACCGAAUCGCUAAUCGGCUCCCGCGAUCGCGAGUCGUCUCUUUACUAUUCUGACCUCGUCGUCUCCGAGGAAUUUUUAGGCAGCCAUGCGCUCCGAAUUCCCGUCACAAAUGGAACCGCCGGAACAAAGGAUGACACGAAUGUCCGCGACAGUAGGGGGAAGGCAAAGCAGGUGACUACCGCUAAUGGCCGCACCGUGAUCAUAAAAGAGAAUUCAGUUUACAGCAAUAAAGGAUUCAAGUCUUUAACCCAAGCCCAGCUGCUGUCUGACGCCCUCUAUUACACACCAAGCAAUGCGUCCCAACCAUGGCUUAUCUACUACAUCUCCCGACCAUUAAUCGGUUCGUUCGAACCCGGCAAGAUCAUUUCUGCUGUGGUGCCAGGGACACUGCCAAAGAAGAGUAUUUCAGGCAGCAGUGCCAAGUCUGGGGAGUCGGCCUCCUCGCCCGCAAAGAAGGAGAUCAAGACCUUUGCAGAACUAUUGUCACAUUUCCCAAUGAUCGCAAGGCAGAUGCAACCUGGAUUAGAGAGAUUAUUCCGGGAAUUCGGAAAAGAAUUAGGCAAACCGUUACCUCCCCCUCCAUCACGCUCACCUGUACUGUCUGAAGAUUUUGACUGGAGACGUGACCGCGAAGAGGCACCUAUCGACGAGACAGCUUCCGUGCGCAGUUCAUCGUCACGUUUCAAAGAUGGGCUUCCAUUCAACUCGGAAGAGUAUUUUGAAGAUGAUGAGGAUCUCAUGCGUCGCAGCCUAGAGACAGCGGUUACCGCAGCCAUUGACCUCUUUCGAUUAGUAGACAAACAGCAAUUGUCUUUUCUCGGUGCCACGACUGACCUGACUGGACCUCUCGUCGAGAGAUUGAUCGAACGCUACGUCGCCGAGCAGGUUCACGAAUCUCUUCUUUUCCCCCGCCUAUGUAGUUUCCGCCAGCCCGAGGAUACUGAGUUGGAUACUAGGAUCCGCCAGAUGGAGAGCAUAGAUGUUUCGCAGGUGGGCAUAGCCGUGGAGGGUGGUCGAGAAGGCAAACGGGAGUUACUGCAGCGUCUGGGUAGAGCAGUGGAGGAGUUCCGCAAAAUGCUGGAUGCAAAAUGUCCCCAUGAUAUGCUGAACACCUUGCUGGAAACAGUAAAGAUUCUGUCGUAUCCUGGCAAUUAUGAUAAAGCCGACCCACAAGCAUCUGAGAAGCAGAACGCACCUGUAACCGUGAACGCUGAUGUUUUGGUCUCAUUGUUGCUUGUCGUGGUCAUUAGAUCUCAAACCAAGCAUUUACAAGCACGACUGUUGUAUAUGCAGCACUUCAUCUAUGUUGACGAUGUCGACAGCGGAGAAAUGGGCUACGCUCUCAGUACUUUUGAAGCAGUCCUCACGUACCUUGUGACUGAUUCAGCAGGCCUUCGAAGGUCGAGCAUUCGGAACAAGCGCUUAUGGAAUGCAACCAAAAGUGGACGCAUCACUGAUAUGAGGGCUAUCCUGGAACCAGACGGUAGUCAAGAAUCGAUAGAUGAUAUCCCUUGUGAGCCUGAAGGGAGUCGAGUUCCAUUUAGAACCGACGAGCACGAUGAAUAUGAUCGACCCCCAUUGUCCCUGCCCAUCCUUGGUGGGCGCAACGAAAGCAAUAGUGAACUAGCGGCCCAUGAUAUUCCAUCGGAUACACCACCUUUAGCACACGUAUUCCCUUUUCAGACCUGGGCAACCAGCUCUCCACCGGAAGAAAUCCGGCGCCCUAUCAAGAAGGUGUCUAUGGAUGUCCGCAGUCUAUCUGAGUCCUCAGCUAUUUCAUUCGCUUCUCGUACGACUACGAUGGGAUCCGUGACGAGUACGAUCGAAGGAGACAGCUCUAUUGAGACGUUGACUAAGACCCAGGAUCCCGCAGGUCAUUCGAUUCCCAUGAUGGCAGUCGAGAAUCGUCAACCAGAAGCCCUGAACUACCUGCUCACUCUGGAGGAAUACUAUCCCUUGGAAGACAUUCUUGAUGAUAUAAAUACGGAUGGGACAACUUUGCUAAAUGCAGCUGUCCAACUCGCGCACCCUGAGAUGGUAGACAUUAUACUCGACUACCUCUUCAAUACAACAGACGAGCAAACGGUCGUCUCCUACUUGAGGAAGUCGGAUAUUCAUGGACGCACUGUCGCUCAUUAUCUCUUCAGCACCCCUUCGGUGAUGCGUAAGCUGGAAACGUUGCUUCCAUGGCGCCAACGUGAUAAGCAUGGACAGACGCCGCUGUUUGCUCUAUGUAGAUCCUACGACCACCCUAACUACAGUUCGAUGGUUAAGGAGGCGUUAACGGCUGCUCAGAAAUCCCAAGGCGAUGGCCGACCAUUACGUCUGGACGAUCAUAUUGACGCGAAAGGGAAUACGUUGCUACAUAUCGUCAGUGACCCUGAUAUUACCAUUAGGAUCCUGCAAGAAUGUGAUUGUGAUCCAAAUGCGACGAAUGACAAGAGGUUCACCCCUUUGAUGAUGGCCAGCAAAUAUGGCCGCAUCGACCAAGUUCGGAUUCUUUUUAUGGACCCUAGGGUGGAUGUGCAUCUUAAAGAGGCCCGCGGACUAACGGCUGUUGAACUCGCGAAGGAUGAUGAAGUGCGAAACCGCAUCGAUGAUCUCAUUCUCAUCUCCAAUCCACCUUCAGUAACGAACGACCCCUCCGGUCGGGUCACCACUGUGGUCCGUUCAUUCUUCGUGGAAGAUGCAACUCGCACAUUUACUGACUUUGAAAAUCUUGCAAAAUGGCUUUCCAUUGAGCACCCCGCCUCAUACAUGCCCCUGCUCUCCGAUUUCCGCUCUCCCUUCCAGAUUCACUCGAAGCCAUCUCGCUCGGUUCUUCACGACAUGCAGGCAAAACUAGAUAGGUUUCUCAAGAUUUUACUCUCGCACCCAACCUUCUCAACCCACGAAAUGCUCUGGGAGUUCUUCCUCGUUCCCGAACUCCAGCCGGAGAUGAUGGCAGAUCGGUCUCGUCGCAAAGCGCAAGUUCUUUACGAGUCAAUCGCAGACGACUACGAGCCCGUCACCCAGGAGGGUAUGCGCGAGACGGAGCAAUUCGUCACACACGCACAAGACAUGGUUCGCGCCGUCCAUGCCAACACGCGCAGUCUGAUCCGUCGUGGCUACGCUUUACAAAACUCUGCCUCCGACAUAGCUGACGCAUUGGGCCUAUGUUCCUCCGCCAUCUCAACCCUUAAGGAACCUACCAGCGCUCUUCCCCAGUCCCACGUCGAUGCAUUUUGCCGCUAUGCCUCUCACCUCUCAACCUCCUCAUCCGACUCCUCUCCCCUCCUCCAGUUCCUCAACACCGUCACCUCCAUCGACAACACUACAUCCGCCAUUCUAGACGCCCUCUCCCGCCCCAUCAACGUAAUAUCCACCCUCACAUCUACUUCACGCUCCCUUUCCCGCUCCCGCUCCUCUCUGGUCUCCUCGUCCCUUCCUAGGAAAUUCAACCUCAACUUCCCCGGCCUUGAAGAGUCCCGCCAAAAGUCCGUCCGCGAACUAGAGAACAAGAUCCAGGAAUCCGAAACCCAGAUCGCCCGCCUCUCCCGCGAGAUCACCUGGAACAAAGAUGUGGUCGUCAGCGAACUAGCUGGGUGGACAACCUGGAGAGAGAAAGUCGGUCGAGACGCGAUCCGCGCUUUCGCCAAGGCCACUCUUGUCCGUGAGAAGGAGCGAGGAAAGAGACUUGAGCGGUGUCUGAGGAGUGUGCGUCAGUCGGAUGAUCGUGCAGCAUAA